AUAAGGUAUGAAAGAUGUGGCCUGCAGAGAGCCGGCACUAUCUCGACUGCUGCUGCUGCUGCUGCUUCUGCUGUUGCUGCCGCUGCCUCAGCUGCUACCGCCACUACUGCUGCCAGCUGAGCUGCUGGGAGUGAGCAUCCCCUCUCCGGGAUACCCAGCUCCGGGGCAUCUCCCGCGCGCCCUGGCCCCACACGGACCUGCCAGCCCCAGGGAACAAAAGCGGAGCCCGCUCGCCCUCUUCUGCAGCCGGAGGAUGAGUCGAGAGGGCUGAGCGGAGAGUGUGGUCCUCGGCGACUGGAGCUAUUUCCUUGGCUUCUCUCCAUGACGAUUCCUGACUUGUGGCCCUGGCAGUCUUGGGAAGACAUCAUCCAGCUUCUUCAAUCCAGACCCUGGGCCCCUCCUUUCCCCAGGAUUGCCCCCACCCAGCCUGGACACAUUGACUGAACUGUUUUCUAGGACACUGCACUCAGGAAGACAUGGUGGUGAGCCCUGACUCUCAGUCUUCAUGAUUGAAGAACUCUUUUGCACAACACAAGGCACUCAAAAAGAGUGAAUGAAAUGUGCAGCUCAGAGUGUCAUUUCUGAAGGGAGGAGUCUUUCUCUUGGAGAAGAGUCCUCAAUGAGCCUGGCCAAGGCCCGAGAUCUGUGUGAAGUGGACUAAGGAUUAAGUAGGAUGUCAACUGAGACAGAACUUCAAGUAGCUGUGAAAACCAGCGCCAAGAAAGACUCCAGAAAGAAAGGUCAGGAUCGCAGUGAAGCCACUUUGAUAAAGAGGUUUAAAGGUGAAGGGGUCCGGUACAAAGCCAAAUUGAUCGGGAUUGAUGAAGUUUCCGCAGCUCGGGGAGACAAGUUAUGUCAGGAUUCCAUGAUGAAACUGAAGGGCGUUGUUGCUGGCGCUCGUUCCAAAGGAGAACACAAACAGAAAAUCUUUUUAACCAUCUCCUUUGGAGGAAUCAAAAUCUUUGAUGAGAAGACAGGGGCCCUUCAGCAUCAUCAUGCUGUUCAUGAAAUAUCCUACAUUGCAAAGGACAUUACAGAUCACCGGGCCUUUGGAUAUGUUUGUGGGAAGGAAGGGAAUCACAGAUUUGUGGCCAUAAAAACAGCCCAGGCGGCUGAACCUGUUAUUCUGGACUUGAGAGAUCUCUUUCAACUCAUUUAUGAAUUGAAGCAAAGAGAAGAAUUAGAAAAAAAGGCACAAAAGGAUAAGCAGUGUGAACAAGCUGUGUACCAGACAAUAUUGGAAGAGGAUGUUGAAGAUCCUGUGUACCAGUACAUUGUGUUUGAGGCUGGACACGAGCCAAUCCGUGAUCCCGAAACGGAAGAAAACAUUUAUCAGGUUCCCACCAGCCAAAAGAAGGAAGGUGUUUAUGAUGUGCCAAAAAGUCAACCUGUAAGUGCUGUGACCCAGUUAGAACUUUUUGGGGACAUGUCCACACCCCCUGAUAUAACCUCUCCCCCCACUCCUGCAACUCCAGGUGAUGCCUUUAUCCCAUCUUCAUCUCAGACCCUUCCAGCGAGUGCAGAUGUGUUUGGUUCUGUACCUUUCAGCACUGCUGCUGUACCCUCAGGUUACGUUGCAAUGGGCGCUGUCCUCCCGUCCUUCUGGGGCCAGCAGCCCCUCGUCCAACAGCAGAUGGUCAUGGGUGCCCAGCCACCAGUCGCUCAGGUGAUGCCGGGGGCUCAGCCCAUCGCAUGGGGCCAGCCGGGUCUCUUUCCUGCCACUCAGCAGCCCUGGCCAACUGUGGCCGGGCAGUUUCCGCCAGCCGCCUUCAUGCCCACACAAACUGUUAUGCCUUUGCCAGCUGCCAUGUUCCAAGGUCCCCUCACCCCCCUUGCCACCGUCCCAGGCACGAGUGACUCCACCAGGUCAAGUCCACAGACCGACAAGCCCAGGCAGAAAAUGGGGAAAGAAACGUUUAAGGAUUUCCAGAUGGCCCAGCCUCCACCCGUGCCCUCCCGCAAACCCGACCAGCCCUCCCUCACCUGUACCUCAGAGGCCUUCUCCAGUUACUUCAACAAAGUCGGGGUGGCACAGGAUACAGACGACUGUGAUGACUUUGACAUCUCCCAGUUGAAUUUGACCCCUGUGACUUCUACCACACCAUCGACCAACUCACCUCCAACCCCAGCCCCUAGACAGAGCUCUCCAUCCAAAUCAUCUGCAUCCCAUGCCAGUGAUCCUACCACAGAUGACAUCUUCGAAGAGGGCUUUGAAAGUCCCAGCAAAAGCGAAGAGCAAGAAGCUCCUGAUGGAUCACAGGCCUCAUCCAACAGUGAUCCAUUUGGUGAGCCCAGUGGGGAGCCCAGUGGUGAUAAUAUAAGUCCACAGGCCGGUAGCUAGAUAGCGCAGGUCUGGGAGCCGGAGCCUCUCUACGCGCAGAUCAACAGACCUAAGAAAUAGCAUCGAUGCGAGCUCGUGGUGGGUGCUCAAGACUGGCAUGGACAUCAGCAUCAUGACAGGCUCUCUUGUAUUCUUUCACCUCAUCCCACAAGAAAUUCAUGAUUGCCCAAUGGAACUCGCUCAGAAGAGGGAACUAAGCGUUUUUGGCAACCAAUGGCAGAUAUCUAUGGCAGCACACA